AUGGAAUUGCACAACCUGCGGGCGAUCCGAAUCAUAUGUGACCUUAGACUAAUACUACACUGUCAGUCCAGAGAGGCUGGAGUUACCAAGUUCUGGGACGCGGGCAGCCAGACCAUUCAGCUGCUUUCCAGAAAGUGCCUGGGCCCGGAUGUCGUCUUUGCAUACGAUUGGCAUUGGAGAGGGAAGGGGAGAGAUCUUGCCACUCCCUUUCCUGAUUGUGGGCGGCCGUUGCGCAAAGAAGCAUUAUCAAGAAGGCAGAAAGCAUUUGGUCCAAGGUCUCAACGUCAAGUUCAAAGGCGACGUUUCGAAAAGGAGUUCGAAGACCAUAUUGUGCGGCGCAUGACGGCCUUUGUCGACCACCCGGUGGCAGCAAUGUUCAAUCCGGAUGCUGCUCUGAACUUCGUGAUGUGCCUACUAGCAAUCCCGCUCGACGAGAUAUCUUUCACCGAGACAGGAGCAAAAUCUCGAAAGGGAAUGCCAGGUAGUGCUCCACUUAAAGAAGUCCACGAAUACGUGACAAUGGAAGCAGGCCAGUCGGUGGCCAGCGCUCUUCGUACCAAAAUCAAUGACAGCAUUUCCAAGAGUUUGCAGCAGUCGGGGAAAUUCGCUGCAGCUUAUCGCCGCCGAAAUGCUGACCGAUAUGGGUUCGAAUUCAAAGAACUCUGGGAUGCAAAGGAGGUCAUGCUUACGGCAAGAGGGUAUAUCUCACUGCACUUAUCGGAAGAGAGGGGUGCCCUGGAAAAUUUGGUUCCCUUUAAGGCGAGGAAAAAAGGUCUAGCUGCACAAGCAAAGAACGAAAAGACAGUCAUAUUCUUCACCAAGACCGGAGUGGAAUUGAAGCCCGGUGGAGAUUUGACUGUCACCCUCUCCAUUGACGAGCUCCGGAAACAGCAAGGAUUUCGACAAGAAGGGGUUGACCAGCAUCACAAGGAACUUGCUCGGAAAGGAGAACUGAAGAGGAAUGGAAACGGCGAGUUUGAAUUGAUAUGCAUGAUGAACAGGUGA